AUGCAAGGAAUAAGGCAAAAUGCAUGGACAACCGAUAAAAGCACGAGAAAACCUAAUAAAAUGGCGAAACACGAACACGAUGGAUCACAAAACGACAUAUCAAAAAAACGACAAAACAGGGAGAAAGAAGAAACAAAGAAGAAAGAAGAAACAAAGAAUAAAGAAGAAACAAAAAAUGAAGAGCACGACGAAUAA